AUGGAGUUCGCCAACAUCACUUCUGAUAGAAUUGCAGGGAUAUCCAUAAUUGGAGGACUCGGUGUGUUCGGUUUAGCUACGAAUGGAUUCGCUAUGUACAUACUUAUUCGUGGUGGAAAAUUGUCUCAAUCGUUCCAGCAGCUCUGCUUUUCUCACUGCAUUGCAAACGCUAUUGAUCUGAUGUUCUUCCUAUUCUACUGUACACCUAUGAUUAUCCUAUUAGUCAUUAUCAGCUGGCCAAUUAAAGGCAGAAACUUCUUGAGGCAGCGAAACACCACUUUGAUGAUAUCUAUGGUGUGGAUUCUAGGAUUCUUGCAUUUCUUACCAUAUCUGAAAGCAGCAAUCCCAACGAAAAAGCGAAUCAAUCAAAAACUGCAGAGCGAUCAAUUCAGCUCAGUUGAUGAGUGCUACGUUGUGUUCACCGCAAACAACUACUUGUGGUCAUUUGCACCCAAUUAUUGCGGUUUCAUACUUGGUAAAGUUCUCGAUUUUGGCACAGGAGUAGCCGUAUUCGGCUUGAUUAUUAUUUUCGAUGUAUUUACCAUAUUUCGAAUUAGGAAGCUCAUUACAUACACAGGCAAGAAAACCCGACGAAAGGAUCUAAAGUUUUUUGUGCAAUCAUGUCUUCAGUUCAGCGUAUUCGUUAUAAAAUUAACCUGUUUCUACUUCAUCUCUGGAUUUUACACAAUAGACGUAGUUACUAAUCAUUGGAAAGUCUUCUUCACGACAUCCUUCGUCUGGCAAUUCACCCAUUGUAUCGACGGAUUAAUCCUCAUCCCAUUUCACUACAGUGACCUUCGAGCACGAAACAAAGGUGAUCCAAUUACGCAAGCUCCCUCUGCUAUGAUGAGCAGAUCUCGUAUGGAACAAAGUCGAGUUGCUCAUCAUGGGAAUGUCAGAUCCUCCAACUCUUCUCAGCUGGGAGAUAAGCAGUGA